CUCAUUUUCAAAUCGAGAUUUGAGAUUGCGAAACAAGAAAGCAAAUACAUGGCGGGCUCUCCGGUGGCCAUUAGAGACCAGUGGCUUGUCGCAUUCUCUCGCUUCUUCACCUUCCCCUCCCUCACCUCCACGAGUUCCUAUCUCCUUCUUCCUCUUCCUAAAACCCGUUGCGGCAGAAAAGGCACCUGGAUAUCCACCUCUUCUCCCACCGCUUCCCUUCAACUCCUCAACUGCCACUUCAAGUCCGACGUGAUACUCACUGUCUCUCUCCAAGAGACUGUACUUGAGGAGCACUAUGUCUCGAAGCUGCACUUCUCUUGGCCUCAGAUAACAUGUGUCCCUGGAUAUCCGUCAAGGGGUAGCAGAGCUGUCUUUGUGAGCUACAAAGAUUCUGUUGGAGAGAUCCAGAAGUUUGCUUUGCGUUUUUCAACAAUACAGGAAGCGGAGUCUUUUAUGAAUUGUUUGAGGGAUGUGCAGGAAAUUGAGCCUCUAAGUUCUGACUUUCGAUCUGUAAUUUCAUCACAAUCUGAAUUAGUACCUUCUAACAAGACCCCUUCCAGAGCUUGUGAGGAGGAAUUGAGCGUCAUGAAUCCUCUUACAGCCUAUUCACCACAAAUGGAAGAGAGCUUGAACCUUGAAGUUGAACAAUGCUCAUAUAAACAGGAGACAGCUCUUAAUCACAACACUGCAGGCACUAUGUCAGGCUUACCUCCCAGCUUUGCAUCAUUUCUGACCAACUGCUACCCUGAGAUCAACCAAGCUGCAGCCCAUCCAAUUGUGUCUGAGGAAGUUGAUCUGAAAUCUCAAAUUGUGAAAUAUAUGGAAGACUCUUCCUUUCAAGAAAUGUUAACGAAAGUCGAGAAAGUUAUCAGCGAAAUGGGAGAUGACUUGAUGCUGGAAUUGCCUUUGGCUUGACUUUUUCUCAAGAAGAGCUUGCGGUCAUUCUUGGGUUCGUGAGAUGGUCUGUGUUACAUACACCCCAA